AAGCAAAAUACAAAAAAAAAACAGAAAACAGUAAAAAAAUGACGUUGAAUACGUAAAUAAAGAAAUUUUUGCAGUGAUUUUUGUUAAAAUUUCCAAUAAAAUUAAUUCAAAAUAAUGUUAAAAAGUGUAGCUAUAGAAAUAUGAGUUGGUUUGAUACAAAAAGUUUUGCCAGUUUGGCAAAAACAGCUUUGAAAGAAGCCCAAAAGAAAAUCGACAAAGUGCUUGACAUACAAGAAGAUGAAUUGGAUGGUAGUAUUUCUGCAAGUUUAGUGGGGGAAAAUGCUCUAGAUGGUAGUAUAGCUGGAACCAUAACGACGGAAAUAACAGGUAAUGUAAAAAGAUUUCCCGGAGCUGCUAAUCGUUCGGAAAGUGCCGAUGAUGCUAAACCUAGUGAUGCGGAAGAAAGCCCUAUGCAAGUUUCUGCGUCAUCACCGGAUUUAUCUGCCGAAACAUUUCUCAAAGAAAUAGAACAAAAGGAAAUGAUAACUACUCCACCAAAAGUAGGUGAAAUUACUAAGGAAAUAGAAGCUUUAACAGCCACUGCAUCCGGUUUAGAAAAAGCUACAGUAGUACCAGUAGAGUUGCCGGAUAAGAGAACUUCGGUGGCCUCCACCUUGGAAUCAGUAGAUGUCCUAUCACCUCCUCAAAUAUCACCGUGCUCGGAUGAAACAACUGAUAUUUCUGAAUCGGUGGAAUUAAUAACCGCGACCAGUGAUAUAAUGACCUCAGAAUCUGAACGUUUAUUACCAGCCACAGCUACAUCGGAUAGUAUUGUUAUAAUAGGUAGAUCAAGUGAUGCAGGUUUGGAAAAUGAAAUUAAUGUUCUUGAAAUGGAAAAUACCAACCUAGAUGAUUCGGGGAAUUUCGAUACAAAAACUUUGGUGGAAAGUAUGGAAGACACCACCCAAAGAACUUUUACGGCUAUGGACAGCAGUACUGCUAGUAAUAAACUCUUGCAAUCGAUGGAAAUGGUGCCAUAUGAACUUCAAACUAUUGACUCUGAUUCGACGCAAAGCUUUGAAGAUGUACAGCUACAUUCGCCUGCAAGUGGGGUUAAUGCCACUAACUCUCAGCUUAUAAAGAAAAUUUCACGUAGUAGUAAAAGUGACACCUCACCGCCUAAUUCCAAUGACGAAAUGGAAACAGCCACUUCAUCGGAUAUUGAAAUAAUUUCUAACCCUAAUGGUGAUGCCUCAAGCACGGCUAGCACUACCACACGUACCAGUCCUUUAAAAGAUGACAAGAAAGCCGAGAAUACAAAUAUUUCCUUACCACCCUUGGCAGCCAAUAAUUCAUUGCUAAUCGGUCGCAAAGGACAUUGUCGUGAACCUUCGGAAAUAUCCAUACUUUCGAUGGAUUCACAAUCUGAAGAUGAAAUAGAGAAACUUUUAAAACGUAUUUCAGAAUUAAAUAGCAUAGUGGAGGCAAGAGAAUUGCGCCUACUGCAGUCUGAAAGACAAAAUGCUGAAUUACAAGAACGUAAUAAUGAACUACAGGCUUUAGUCAACACUAACAAUUUGCAAUCUUCCGAAGAAUAUACAAAACGUGUGUCGUCACUUGAAAAGAAAUUCCAAAACUGUAUACGAGAACGUGAUACAUUGCGAACGAAAGUAAAAGAUUUAGAAGCAAAAAUACCUAAAAGUGAUUUAAACGACGCCCUAACAGAAAGUCAAAAUAUGGUCUUGGAACUUAGACAAGAGGGUGAAAAACUGGCCAAGGAAAUCCUACAACAAUCAAAUAUUAUUAAAAAGCUCAGAGCUAAAGAGAAAACUUCCGACAACCAAUUGAAAUCCUUUAAAGAUCAAUUGUCUCUAACACACGAAGAGGUGGAACGUUUGAAAAAGACACUCUCGGCUAAAGAAGAAGUCGAGAGAACACAAAUAGAAGCCGUCCAUAAAAUGACCUCGGAAAAUCAAAGAUUAAACUCUGAUAACUCACAAAUGCGCAGUAAACUAGAUGACACCCAACAGAAACUGAAUACACUACAAAGAAGUUUCGAUGCUGUUAAAACCGAACUACAACAGCGUUCCAAACAACAUUCCGAUCUCUCGCGCACAGCCGAGAAUGUACAAGCAGUCGAAAAGGAAAAGGCUCUAGCUAAGGCCGAAAAUCAAGAGUUGCAAAAACAAUUGCUGGAGUUAAGGGAAAAAAUCAAAUCAACUGAACAGCAAGCCAUGAAAAGGGACCAACAACUGAGGGAGGAAAAUCGUCAACUCAUGGCUCGCCUUGAAGCAGCUGAAUUGCGUGCUGAAUCCUCUACACAGGAAAUAAGUCAAACUACUAUACCGUUAAUGCGUCAUUUGGAAUCGCUACAGCAGACACUUAAUCAGCGUACCGCCAAUUGGAAUAAGGAAGAGAAAUUACUUUUAGAGAAGUUAGAUGCGGCACAAACUCGCCUCAAAUCGUUGGAAACUAUUGAAGACUCUACAAAUGCUAAGAUAGAGUUAUUGAAAUCGAGAUGUCAAGAGUUGGAGGAAAAGCUUUCUCACGCCGUAAUGGAGGAGGAGAAGACAAAAAUCUCAUUACAGUUGGAGUUAAGACAGAAGGAGACAGAGUAUAAUAGACAAAUUUCCGAAAUAAAUCAAGAAUUGGAAUUAAGUCAAGUGAAAAUAAAGACCCUAGAAGAUUCUCAACUAGCCUUAAAAGAUAAACUGAAAGAAGCCGAAAGAAAAACCAUAGCAGCUGAAGAAAAUCUACAUAGAGAACAAUCAUCACAUUCUUUGACGGAGUUACAGCAUUCACCCUCGGAAAAUCCACAAAGACCACACUCUCCUGCCGUAAGUGCAGGAGUUAACUCUUUAGAAGAUGGUAUGGGCGGCAGUAUUGAUUGGCAUCAGGAUGAUUUAGAUUGUAUCUCUAAUUCUGGCCGACCUGCAGGCAUACAAGGUUUUGGGGUACAUUAUUUAUCGCAAAACACCUCAAACUUUGAAUAUUUACAAUCGAUGCUGAAACAACGUGAUGGUGAAGUGGCACAAACUCAAUGGGAGUUAUCACGUUUACAGGCCGAACGUAAUAUGCUGCAGGAAGAGUUAUCACAACUUGUUAUGGAAAUGGAAAAUCUUAAGGAGAAAUUACAAUCAUUGGAAUUAUUAGAAAUCAAUUACAAUGAUCUACAGACACGUUACGAUGCCCUCUUACAAAUGUAUGGCGAAAAGGUUGAACGUUGUGAAGAAUUGGAAUUAGAUUUAAAAGAGUGCAAAGAAGCCUAUAAAGUUCAAAUACAAGAACUUUUAGGCAAAUUAAGAACAUGAUGCAAUUUAUUAGUUUUUACGGUCUAUCUUCAAAUGUGAUGAUACUUUUCUAUUUUUUUCUCUUUUCGUUUUAAUGUUUAUUUAGAGGGUCUUGUAAAAAAGCUAAAAACUAUUUUAAAAUAUGCAACUAUUACUUCCCCAUAUCCCCCACUUUAUUAUAUUAUACAUAAAUGUAUUUGUAUUGUUAUUAUGUUAUGUAUUUUACUAGUUUAGUUAAAUAAUAAAACAAUUAUUGCAAAUAAAAAUUGA